UUACAUGAUGAUGAGUCCAUACUCCACAAGUAAAAAAACACGGAGACUUGUGUUGUGUAACACACGGAGAGAGAGAGAGAGAGAGAGAGAGAGAGAUGCUUCUAGAGUCGUUUGUGUGUAUUGUACUCAGACGUCUUCUUCCCCAAAUCGAAUCCUCUCGCUAGGGUUUUUUUUGUUUUUCUCCUUUGGAUCGAUAAUUCUUGAUGACGAGGCUUAUAACUGAGACCUGUCAGAUAAGCUAAAGCUUCUUCUAAAGGCUUCAAAGGAAAGGAUUGCAUUGUUUUGGUAUUGUUUGAUCCCGCUGAAGGAAAGAAGAGUGAGAAGCUAAAGAGAUGUCAAGCAGUCGAAAUACCCACUGGUGUCACAGAUGCCAGCGUGCUGUUCGGCUUCACGGCCAAGAGCCUGUAUGUUCUUAUUGUGGAGGUGGAUUCGUUGAAGAACUUGAUAUGCCUCAAACCAGCCCAUUUGAUAUGUUUAGAGCUCACAGUCACAGGGAUGUUGCACAACGUGAUCCAACUUUUGAUCUCAUGGAUGCCUUCUCUGCCUUUAUGGGGAACCGCUUAGCCGAAAGGAACCACGACAGAGAAAUCAGAGGAAGAACCAUCACUUCAGGUCCUGAGAACUUUCCUGGUCUGGCUCCUUUAUUGAUCUUUGGUGGUCAGGUCCCUUAUAGACUAUCUGGAGACAAUGCAGUCGAAGCCCUCUUCAAUGGCGGCUCACCUGGCAUUGGCAUCACACGUGGUAACACCGGCGACUACUUCUUUGGUCCCGGUCUUGAAGAACUGUUCGAGCAGCUAUCAGCUGGCACUACUCGCCGAGGCCCACCUCCCGCACCUAGAUCAUCAAUAGACGCAUUGCCAACCAUCAAGAUCGCGCAGAGGCAUCUUAGGUCAUCGGAUUCGAACUGUCCUGUUUGCAAAGACGAAUUCGAGUUAGGAUCAGAAGCAAAACAGAUGCCGUGUAACCACAUCUAUCAUUCUGACUGCAUCGUCCCGUGGCUGGUUCAGCACAACUCAUGCCCAGUCUGUCGCCAAGAGCUACCAUCAGCUGGAGGAUCUUCAAGCAGUCAAAACAGAACCACCACCAGAAACUACAGAAGUAGUAGUAGUAGUAGUAAUAGCACUAGUAACAGUCGUGAGAACGGCAACGAAAGAAGGAAUCCGUUCUCUUCCUUGUGGCCAUUUCGUUCAUCAGGAUCAAGCUCAAGCUCAUCCACUCAAAACCGUGGAGGGCCAAGAAACUCGGAGACAGCCGAUGAGAACCAUAACUACCAUCAAGAGCAACAGCAACAAUCAUAUAUGGGUUACAGUGGCUGGCCUUUUGAUUACUAAAAGUGAGAGCGGCUUUGGCCUCUCUACGUACUAUGCUUUGUGUGUCUAUCUUGUACUUCCCACUCUUAUCUCUACCACUCCCAGCUCUCUUUUACCAACAUAAAUAAUGGAGAACUGAACUGUAAUUGUAAAACAAGUUCAUCAUCAUUUUCUAUAUGCUUUGUUAAAUAUGUCAUUUUAGUUUGGGUUUUCAA